AUGCCCUCCAAUUUCGCCGCAAUAACCUUCCUGCUUGCCCUCAUCAACCUCACAUCCGCCGCGCACGCCGGUUUCCACGUCCAGUUCCCAUGGAUGACCCGCGGUCCAAAUGCCAGGACCCGGCCAGAGAUAGAUUGUUUCCUCUCGUUCUCCGGCCAUCCUGGGGACCUUGUGACGGCCCUCUACACCCGAAAUAGAGUGCCAAGGAAGAGAGAUGACUUUCCCUACAUUAUCCUGCAGGACGUGCCCAUCCAGCCUUCGGGGCAGCUGUGUGUGAAUGUCACGAUACCAUUUCAGACCGAGGUCGACGAGAUGGGAGUCAUAUACUUCGAGGCGAGGGAUCCAAAGACGCGGAAUGUGGAGCACUAUUGCUCCGACGUCAAGAUGGCUGACAUGAAGGCUCUUCCGGAGGAUCAUCCGGCUAUGUGUGCGGCUAACAACGAGACACUUAUCCCGAUGCCAGAUGAGUACCUGUAG